AUGAGAUCAUCAGUCCCUCGGAACACUCUCGUGCAGAUCACACAACCUCUACCAGGGGUAUGCGUGAUUUUAAAGAUUGUCUACAACAAUGUUCCAUUGCUGACCUUCACUACAGUGGAAAUACCUUCACGUGGUCGAAGUCAUCUUUCUAAGAAGCUGGAUCGUGUUCCCUGCAAUGAUGAAUGGUUGGAAUGCUUCCCUGAGUCUAUAGCUGUCUUUGGAAAACCUGGAAUCUCAGACCACAACCCUUGCUGUACUUUCCUCGACCAGCUCAAGCCUCCUCAGAAACGGCCUUUCAGGUUCUUUUCUCACUUAAACCAUCAUCCGGAUUUCCAUAAUCUCGUCGGAGCAGUCUGGAACUCCCUGCCCAUCCUCGGCUCUAAGAAAUUAUGUGUGUCGAAAAAGCUGAAAGAAAUGAAGGCUUUCAUUCGAACCUUCAACAAGGAAAUUUUUUCAGAGAUAGAGAAGCGCGUUCAAGAAGCCUUUGACCAUUUAACAGACUGCCAGCAUGCCUCCUUCUCUGCUCCAACCUCCCUUAUUGCUGCUGCCGAGAAAUCAGCCCACGACAAAUGGUACACCUUAGCCAAGGCUGAGGAUAAAUUCCUCAUGCAAAGAACAAGAGUUCAAUGGUCAGUUGAUGGAGACGAUGUCAAUUACUUCCAGAACCUAUUGGGAGGUGUCAACACGCUAACAACUUCGUCUCCUCCUGACAUUGCGUCAAUUAUGCAAGUUAAAUGCUCUGCUGAAGCGGUCACCUCUCUUGCAGCUCUGUUCUCUGACCUUGACAUUGAGAAGGCUUUCUUAUCCCUCCCUAAGAACAAGUCCCCGGGUCCUGACGGUUACCCAGCCGAAUUCUUCACUGGAAAUUGGAGGGUGGUUGGGCGUGAUAUGAUAGCUGCUGUGAAGGAAUUCUUGAGCACAGGUGAGUUGUUACAGCAAUGGAAUGCAACCCUCCUUAUUCUGGUUCCUAAAAAGGCCAAUGCAAACAAGAUCACUGAGUUCAGACCCAUCGCCUGCUGCAAUACGGUGUACAAAGUGGCUUCGAAGUUGCUAGCCAACAGGCUGAAAGAUCAUCUCUCGAUGCUAAUUUCCACUUCUCAGUCAGCCUUUGUCCCCGGUCGCUUGCUGGUGGAAAAUGUGCUCUUGGCUACGGAACUUGUCUCAGGGAACAACUGGAAAAAAAUCACCAAGCGUUGCAUGCUCAAGGUUGAUCUCUAG